UGUAGACUUUAAAAACAAGACUCCAUGAAGAAGAAACACAGAAAAAUGAAAGCGAAUGGAGAGGACGAGAAACGUCUGUGUGUGUGGUUAUGGUACGGGAAAUCAGUGUGAUGUCACACACUCACACUGCACUCAGGAAGAACUUCAGACAUACACACACAUACACGUACACAAAAUGCGUUUUCAUCGGGCUGAAAAGUGACGAAAAACAUCAUCAUCAUCACAAAAGGAGACGCAGUGAUGGACAUGAGUGAGGAGGAAACGAAGCCGCUGAUGACAUGCGAGCGCUCGGGGAGUCACAAGUCGAGCUGCGACUCCUUCAUGCUCGUGCACUUGUACUACAGCGCGACGUCAAAAAGCGAGAGCACGCUCUCCAUCCCUGCAGGACAUGUGACCGCCGAGAGCAUCUGUGUACUCGCAGCUAAAAACUGCGGGAUACUCCCUGUGUUUCAGAGUUUAUUCGCUCUGGCGUCAGAGGACCUGUCAUUCUGGUAUCCACCAACACACAUGUUUAAGAGUGACGAGAGUGUUACUGUGCACUACAGAGUGCGGUUCUUCUUCUCAGGAUGGUUUGGUCAGGGUUCCAGAGCAACGUAUCGUUACAGUCUGAGCUCUGGGAGGAUCUGCGCUGUGCUGGAUUACAGCGUCAUUGAUUAUCUCUUCGCUCAGUCCCGCAGUGAUUUCGUCUCAGGCAGUGGAGGUGUGUGUCCUCCGGUAAGUGCCAUUCAGGAGUGUUUGGGUUUGGCGGUGCUGGAUCUCUGGAGACAGGCCAAGGAGAAGAACCACAGUGUGAAGGAAGUGUGUAAGACCAUCAGCUACAAGUCGUGUCUGCCUGAGACGCACCGGCAGGAAAUUCAGAGAAUGACCCGGUUAGCGCGCUACCAGAUCCGUAAGAACCUCAAACACUUCCUGAAGAAACUGGGCCGCUGCUCAGCCGGAGAGCGAAGCCUGAAGCUCAAGUACCUGAUGGAGCUGAGCGCCGUGGAACCCAAAUACGGCUCGGAGUGCUUCAUCACUUCCUGCUCCAUGGUGAGAGUCUCCGGAGAGGGAGGGAUCCAGACAUGCUCCUCCAAUAGCCAGGAGUGGCAGACAUUUUGUGACUUCCCACAAAUCACAGAAAUCAACAUGAAGCGUCUUUGCCAAGAGCAGCUUCCUGCUGAGGGACGUGUGGUAACUCUGACCAGACAGGAUGACAGAUGCUUGGAAGUGCAGUUUGAGACGCUGGCUGUGGCUCUGUCCUUCGUGUCGCUCAUCGACAACUACUUCAGACUCACCACGGACUCCAGUCACUAUUUCUGCUCUGAAGUGGCUCCUCCGAGUCUGCUGCAGGACAUCGACAGUCACUGCCACGGCCCCAUCACGUCAGAGUUUGCGGUGCACAAGCUCAAAAAGGCUGGAGCUAAAAAUGGUACAUUCCUUCUUCGACGCAGCCCCAAGGAGUUUGAUAAAUACUUCCUCAUGGUCUGCUUACAGACGCCGCUUGGUAUCGACUAUAAAGACUGUCUGAUCGAGAAGAACGACAAGUUUCACCUGGCAGGAAUCCACAGCUCUUUCGACAGUCUGAGACGACUCACAGACUUCUACAAGGAAAACACGCUUGUACUGUCAGACUUUCCUGUCAAACUGGGCAGGUGCUGUCCACCUCAAGCUAAAGAGCUCUCGAACCUGAUCAUCGUCAGGAACAGCAGUGUGUGUGAGACGCCAAGCUCCCCGACUCAGCACCGACACAGACCCAGUCACAUUCAGUUCCACAUGAUCAAACACGAGGACUUAAUCUGGAAGGAAAGUCUGGGUCAGGGCUCGUUCACACAGAUCUACAGAGGCGGCAAAGUGGACCGGCAGGACGGAGAGACUCACACCACUGACGUUCUGCUCAAAGUUCUGGAUGUAGAACACAAAAACAGCUGGGAGUCUUUCUUCGAAGCAGCCAGCUUCAUGAGCCAGAUUUCCCAUACGCACCUGCUGAUGGUGUACGGAGUCAGUGUCCAUAAAUCGAAAAACAUCAUGGUUCAGGAGUUUGUGAAGUACGGAGCUCUGGAUCUUUACCUGAAGAGAUCGAGUGUUUCACUCAGCUGGAAACUGGACGUGGCCAAGCAGCUCGCCUGCACACUCAACUUCCUGGAGGAGAAAAACAUUGUUCAUGGGAACAUCUGUGCAAAAAACCUGCUUCUGGCACGAGGGGGAGAUCCGAACUCCGAAAACUCCGAAAACUCGCCUUUCAUUAAACUCAGUGAUCCAGGCAUCAGUAUGGCCAUGCUGGGCAAAGAAGUGGUUUUAGACAGGAUCCCGUGGGUGGCCCCAGAGGUGUUGGAGAAGCUGGAGUUGGGGCAGCAGUGUGAUAAGUGGAGCUUUGGCACGACAUUGUGGGAGAUUUUUAAUGGAGGAGAAAUUCCCCUGCAGCGCCUCGACCCCAAACAGAAGCAGCGGUUUUAUGAUCAGCGCUCGCAGCUGCCGUGUUUGGAGUGGGCUGAACUGGCUGAUCUCAUCUCUCAGUGUAUGCAGUAUCAGGCUGAGCUGAGACCGUCCUCUCGCAGCAUCAUACGCCACCUAAAUGGCCUCAUCACUCCCGAUUACGAGGUUCUGCACGCCAGCGGCUCUGUGCCAGAGAGAGACAGCUUCUGGAGAGCUCUGUGCAAACAACAACAACAGGAAGUGUAUGAGGAGAGGCACCUCAAGUUCAUUUCUUCUCUGGGGAAGGGUAACUUCGGCAGGGUGGAUCUGUGUCGGUACGACCCGCUGGGUGAUAAUACGGGAGAGAUGGUGGCCGUGAAACAGCUGCAGUCCAACAAACAGUCCAACAUGGCCGACUUCCAGAGAGAGAUUCAGACCAUCAGCUCACUGCACUGUGACUACAUCGUCAAAUACAGGGGAAUCUGCUACAGCGCAGGACGGUUGAGUAUGAGGUUGGUGAUGGAGUUCCUGCCCUUCGGCAGUUUGAUCAGCUACAUGGAGAAAAACAAACACAUCAUCACCACACGGAAAAUGCUGCUGUUCACCUCACAGAUCUGUAAGGGAAUGGAGUAUUUGCAGAACCUGCGUUAUGUGCAUCGUGAUCUGGCAGCGAGGAACAUCCUGGUGUCGAGUGACACGCUGGUGAAGAUCGCAGAUUUCGGCCUCACUAAGAUCGUCCCGCUGAAUAAAGAGUAUUAUCGAGUCACACAGUCUGGAGAGAGUCCCAUCUUCUGGUACGCACCAGAGUCCUUAUCAGAGUACAAGUUUUCCCACAAAUCAGACGUGUGGAGUUUUGGCGUUCUUCUACACGAGGUGUUCUCCUGCUGCGAGCAGAGCAGGAACCCUAAGCGGCUGUCACUCCAUCGGAUAGGAGGUGACAUCCAAGGCACCAUGAUGGCUGCUCAUCUCUUCAACAUCCUGAAGGAAAACUGGAGGUUGCCAGCGCCUGCCAUGUGUCCACCAAAAGUGUACAGCAUGAUGAUGCAAUGCUGGGCGUUCAACAGCGAGGACAGACCCACCUUCUCCCACCUACAGGACCUGAUUGAGAGCAGUCUCCAGGAUGAGAGAGAAGGAGCUAAAGGAUGAAAAGCAUACCACAAUGAAUCUUUUGAAUAUAUAAAUUAUGUGGAAUUUUAUGAGUCACAUGCUUGUUGGUCAGCUGCAGAUUAUUACUCACUCGUUACUCCUCUACUAGCGUCUUCUUAGUAAACACACAAAGGACUUCAAAGGGUUUUUACUUUUUGUUUUUAGCUGUUUAAUAACCAGAUGUGUUUCCCACUUAAUUACUAUUCUUCUUCUUCUUCUUCUUCUUCUUAGUAUCAUUAUUACAUAAAUCACUUUAAAUAUAAACGUAAGCAGAAAGGAAUCUAACAGAUAAACGUAGCUAUUAGUCACUUCUCUGAAACUGCCUGCAAACUCGAGGACUGUAAUAUAGAAAGUUAAUUACAGAAGAACAGAGAACAUUUCUAUAAAUAAUUCAGUCAUAAUCUGUAUUUUUAUUAAAGUUAAGACUUUAUGUAAUAAAAAGCUACACUGUUAUUGUGUUAUAUUAUUUUAUAUAUAUAUGUUUUCCAUCAUAUGCAGUUAGUGAUGCUGGGAAAAGACCAUCUGCUCUAACGGUCAGGAAAAUAAUAAUAAGAUCAUUUAUCAUUUAAGAUCUAUAAUGCCUUAGAUUUGUGAUCAAGUUCUAAAGACAAAAAUAGGACACCUAGUUAUUGGUUGUUUUUUUUUUUUUUUUUUUUUUUUUUGCACUUUUUUAUGGCUUUUGUACCUUUUUAUAAUCAUAUCAGUGCUUUUGAAAUAUUUUAUUUCUAUUGAGAAAAUAUGACAUGUCUGUUGUUUUGUUUUCUUUAAGUAUCAGUGGAAAAUAAAAUGGAUUUUUGUUCUC